AUGCGCUUUUCUAUUUAUUUCGGCGCUCUACUCUUGGCCCCAAUGUCCGCUCUGGCCAGUCCGACUAUCGCUGCCGAUUCCAAUUUAAACCUCCUCCGUCGCGAGGACAAGCUGAGUCCCUCGCAAGGACGCGUGAGCCCAGCGCAUGUCCUGGCUCGUUCCCCUCGACCCGAUUCAGACGACGACGACGACGUCGAGUGUUCAAGCGACCAGGUCAAGUGCGGAAAUGCUUGCUUCCCGGAAUCUUACAGCUGCUGUCCCAACGAUUUCUCCGGCGGCUGUCCUUCGGAUAAGGAAUGCCGGAAGAAGAAUAGUCGUUAUGGUUGCUGUGAUGAUGACGACGAUGACAACUGCCGCUAUGAUGACGACGAUGGCCGUAGCAUCUUUGACAAGGCCGAUGACUUCGGCGAUAAUGUGAAGGACAAGUGGGAUGACUUCUGGGGUAACGAUGGUCCCUCUCUCAAGCCAGAGCUCCGAGUCAUGGGCGGAUUGACGGGGUUGGCUGUUGCGAUGAGCUUGUUCUUGAUGUAA